AUGCAAGCCGCUGUCACUGCCUGCAGCGUGGGCGACGGUGGCGGUCAGACGCAGCAGGCGGCGAGUCUGUUUCUGCACGAUGUGAAACAUCUUCUUCGCUGGCAUGCGGUGGCUGUGGGUGUGGCACUGGCCGCCACGCCGAUUGUUUACCAGGCGGCCCGUAUCGUGGCGCACCGGUACCGAGCGGAGCUGGUGAACCUAGCGAAGGACUCGAUACAGUGUGAGGCGCUUUUUAACGGAACGGAGGCGAAUGGCGCGCUGAUCGACUCGGCGGAGGAGGGCGGCAUACUCAUCUCCUACAAGAGUAAUUUGACGGACGCGAGGGAAGCAAGGGGUGGUGUUGGUGGUAACGCACCAGUGCUAUGGUCAGGCUCGCCACGAUCGCCGUCACAACAGUCGGCCUCGAUGUUUGCUCUCCGUGUUGGUCGUCGCCACUCGUGGGUGGUUUCGCCGUUCGCCUACCAGGUGUUGGCGGCGCAGCGCGCGCCUCACGUGCAAUUUGUGCGGACCUGCAGCUGGGCUGCUGUGUGUCAGUACGGCGUGGUCAUGUUGCGAGCCGCGACCACGAGUUGCUUCGUGUCUGUCGCGUCCAUUACCGUUCUCUAUGCCAUCUGUCGGACACUUGACUGUGUCCUUCCUUUCGGUCCGCUGCCCACGGCGGAUAACACGAAGGAUGUGACUCCGACAUCGCUCCUCAGCGCGCUUGCUACGGCACCGCUUUUCACCACCUCUGCGCCCCCAUUUCCAGCCGUUAACUCUACUUACGGCCUUUACAGCUUCAGUGUCUCGGCGGCUGGUGUGUGGUCGCGGCUGUUUCCUCGUCUGGGGGCCCUGCAGACGCUCUGGCAGCGCCUUGCAGGAUUUACACAGCCGCUGCAUUUUGAGUGGCGCGAUGGACCCGCGUCGCCGCACGCGCUGGCGGACAGCGUCUGGGCUUCACUCUCGCCUCGUGGUUACUUCAUCGUGUCGCUGCUGCCGCGCUUGCCGUCGCACAUCUCCAUGGGGCUGUGGUGGCUAGCGCGGCGCACCUCUAUUGCAGCGAUGCAUCGGUGGUACGCCGCGUCAUCGUCUGCGAGCCCAACGGCGAAGACAACAGCACUAACGGCAGCCGCUGCUACUCCGCCACUUUCUACAAGUGCCAACACAGGUGCCGCAGAUUCUGUCGAUCCCUGCACACCUGAGCUGUCGAACCGGCGUCGAUGUCGUCAGCCGAGGAGGCUAAUCCACUCACCCGUUGCGAAAAUGGCGGCGUUGCUGAUGGGUGACGUGGCGUACGCUGGUAUCCUGUUCCUGGUCACCUCGUAUGCAGACAGCAACAUUCGAGGCGGUGACAAUCCCUGCUGGCCGCUCGUGCUCAACGACGCCAACACGCGGUACAACUUGUACUGUUGGGCUGAGGCCAUCUGCAGCACGUUGCGCUUGGUAGGCCUCUAG